AAGAUGACUAAUUUUGGAGAUUAAAAAAAAUGUAUAAAUGUGUGCAUCCAUGUAAACUCUGCUCCACAGUGAAAACUCAGACUCCGACAUUAGUUUAGUUACCAUCAGCUAACAGGCUCGCAAAUACAAUAUGGCCUACAAUAAUUUUGUGAUACUGGUUCCCACGCUUCUUGUUGCUGCACAGCUCACACUUGGAUUUGCCAAUCCAUUAUUUUCGCAUUCACCCCAGUAUUACUCCGACACUUAUAACAUGAGAACCAUGCAAAAAUCAGCAGAGGCUUAUGACUUUAACUCUGACACCAAAUUUGAGGAUCUUCAUUCAGUGCAGACGGCAACCAAUACAGUGACAAAUUUGUGGCCACAUAAUUAUCAAAGUGCUCCAUCCCAAAAACAUCAAGCUCUUCAGACGCCUAAGAAAACAAAAUGUCACACGUGGACAAGUCCUGAAGGAAUUCAGUUUAAACUCAAUCCAAUAUCACGCUCUGGAGCAUUCGGAUUCAACCUUAUCAUGUGCGACGAUGAUAGCGAAGCAGGCAAAUUUAGUCAGCCAUACUACUCUCCAGGAUCUGUAUCUGAAUAUGUUUUUCUAAGUUAAUACUAACCUAAGUUUUUUUAAUUUCUUAGAGGCUGCGAGUUUUUUAAGGUUAAGGUUUUUUAAUAGUCGACUCCUUUGUUUUUAGCCCGAGUCAGGGCUUAUGGAACCGUCAUGUCCGUCCGUCUGUCUGUCCGUCUGUCUGUCCGUCUGUCUGUCCGGCACGAUAGAGCCAAAACGGCUGAACCGAUUGACUUGAAA